GCUUCGGACAGCAGGAGGGCUGACUGUGGGCCCCGCCCUGAUGGCUCCAUCGCCCUCAUCCCACAGUCCAGGGCCGGAGAGCAAAGAGUCAGGAAUGCUUGUUCCCCGGUGCCGUAAAGAAAUGGCGCUUGAACAUAAAUUUAAUUUCCUCGGCAGGGCCAUUGGUUUACUUUCUGCAGAAAGGGCACACUCACCAGCAGUUCUGCCACGAGAGUACACCGAAUAAAGGAGACGGUCAUUUCUAACCUGACGCGUCCACCCUGCUUCUGUGUCCCGUUUCUGUUGGCUGGAACGGGACCUCACCUUCUGUAUUUGUUCUGAUUGGCCGGCAACUUAGAACUUUGUAAAAGAGGCAAAGGCAGAGGAGAGCAAAGGAAGGAGGAAGUAACUUGUGGAAUGCUGAGAAAGGUAAAAGCACCUUCAGAUAAGGAAGAGGAACAGGCUGUGACCUAAUGCCCGCUUGGACCAGCAUAAGCGUGCCAGGGCAAAUAUUUAGGCUACAUUGUGGCAACUGAGAAUAUAAAGUACGUUGAUUUAGUACAGCCAGCAGAUAGUCAAGAAUGUUAGCACAGAUCUUUGAAUACAUUUUGCUUCUAAGAGAAGUUACUAUUUAUUCCUAAUUAGAUGGGGAGGAAAGUAUAGUAUGAAGAGGAACCUCUACUUUACGUUGGACAAAGGGCAUUUGGUCUGCCCGCCAGAGACUCCUGUGGUCGGAGGAUGGUGGAACGCCCCCCACCCCCCGAAACAGCUCUCAUUACCCCCUGCCCAGGGCAACGGCCCUGAGGGACAGGGAGGGCACCCAGCAAGCUCUGCCGGGGGCGGGAAAAUGCGAGGGCUUAGUGGUCUCCCUGGUGAGAAGCUUAACCAGGACUCCCCGAAAGCUGUGGGAGAAGUGAGGAAAGAUAUAUAGAGGUCGCCUGGGGAAACACACGGAGAGGUGGCCUGAGCAGGAGGCUGUGCUUUGAGGUGGCCGGGGGCUGAGGAGGGUUGGGAGGGCGGCUGGAAGCGAGGUCAGCAAGGGCUGGAGGUGACAGCCUGGGGGUACUGGGGAGCCAUGGGAGAGUUUAGAGCUCUGGAGGCGGCGGUGUCAGAAGGCUCCCUCUGGCGGUCAGGAGGGUAACAGCCUGGGAUGCUCGCCCGGGUGGCCGCCACUAGGGGCUCAGCGCGGCUGCAGCGGAGCUGGGCUUGGGAGGGGGCUUCUCCCACGAGGGGAGCUGCGCACUCAGACGGAGACUGGGUCAGGCGGAAGUCCCGGCGGGGCUCGACCCCCAGCACCAAGGCUCAGAAAUGAACAUGAGAAAAGGGUCUGCGGGCCGGGCGCGGGGCUGGGUCCAGCGGUCCUAGGCAGGUCCAUUCCCGCGCAGGCUCCGUCAGGCCUCUGGUAACCGGGGAGACUGGUUGCUAGGAGACCAGGCUAAUAAAGGACUCGCUCACUACCCAAAUGACAAGCAAUCCGGCUUCGUGCCAGAAACGGAGCACUUCCGAGGCAGCCAUUUUGGAGUCUGGCAAAAUUCAGGAUCCAGGCCAAAGACAGGAAAGCCAAUCAAUAUACACAAACAGGGAGGAGAAAAGGGAAUGCCGAUAAGGACAUAGGGAAAGGGGCAGCGGGCCUUUGUCAUUUCCCAAAGUUUCCCAGCGGGAUCCCAGUGCCCUCUGCCCUUAAUCAAGAUGGCCGCCUUGGGGCUCUAGCGCACGGUGGAAUAUGGCGGUGCUUCCGGUCCCGAUGCCCUCAGCGAAGAUGGCGGCAGUGGAGAAGCGGCGGCCAGCGGUAGCACCACCGGCUGGUUUCACCGACAGCGGCCGCCAGUCGGUAUCCCGGGCGGCGGGGGCGGCCGAGAGCGAGGAGGACUUCCUGCGGCAGGUCGGCGUGACGGAGAUGCUACGGGCGGCCCUGCUGAAGGUGCUGGAGGCGCGGCCCGAGGAACCGAUCGCAUUCCUGGCCCACUACUUCGAGAACAUGGGCCUGCGCUCGCCUGUAAACGGCGGCGCCGGGGAGCCCCCGGGCCAGCUCCUGCUGCAGCAGCAGCGCCUGGGCCGCGCACUGUGGCACCUUCGCCUGGCCCACCACUCCCAGAGGGCCGCCUUCAACAACAACGUGAGCGUGGCCUACGAGUGCCUGAGCGCCGGCGGGCGCAGGAAGAGGCCAGGGCUGGACGGACGCACCUACAGCGAGCUGCUCAGGCGCAUCUGCCGGGACGGCCAGGCCCCCGAGGAGGUGGUGGCGCCGCUGCUGCGCAAGGUGCAGUGCCGUGACCACGAGGCGGUGCCGCUGAGCGUCUUCCGCGCGGGCACGCUCACCUGCUUCGUGCUGCUGGAGUUCGUGGCGCGCGCCGGCGCGCUCUUCCAGCUGCUGGAGGACCCGGUCGCCGCCGUGGCCGACCGCCGCGUGGGCCAGGCCGUGCUGGACACCCUGGAGGGCGCGCUGCAGGCCAGUGACGCCGCCGCGCCCGCGCGCUUCCUGGAGGCCGGCUCGCGCCUGGGGCCCGACAGCCUGGCGCUGGCGCUGGACCGCGCCGUCGGGGGCCGGCGGCCCAGGGCGCCCAUGACCCGCGAGGAGUUCCUGGAGAGGGCGGCCGCGCUCUUCAUCGCCAAGGUCAAGCCGGUGGGCUGAGCCCCGUGCGCCGCGCGGAUCCGGGAUCUGCACUGGGGGGGUCCCCGCGUGCCGGGCGCGCGGAGCCUUCCCCUCGCCCCGGUGAGGGCCUGCAACGAGGCGCCCAGCCCUGCGGAGGAGGCCGGGGCUCCCAGGAAGCGGACGCCCCCUCCCCAAACACCGUCGCGGCCGCCCCUCCGCCCCCGCAGGAGCCCCUGCCCCGCGCUAAUAAAAUCCGUUGCGAGGCUGA